AUAAAUGGGACCACUAACAGUGCUUCGACCUUCCUAACUUUGUUCAGAUGUCCUAAUGUCAUUACUAUGCACAUAGCACACAUCAUGGCUACUCAACAUACCCUCAUUGGAUUACUCCUAUUUCUAUCGGUGGAUUGGACUUUAUCUGUCAUUCCAGAGAAUGAGAAGCACCCCAGCUACUGGAACAACAAGGGGAAGCAGGCCCUCCACAAAGCUCUGGAUAUGAAGCCAAAUGUCCGCCGAGCUAAGAACUCCAUUCUAUUCCUGGGAGAUGGUAUGGGCAUCCCCACAGUGACUGCAGCGAGGAUCCUCAAAGGGCAGAUGAAUGGAGGGAACGGAGAGGAGUUUAGUCUGACAAUGGACACCUUUCCAUACUUAGCCCUGUCUAAGACGUACAACGUGGACCAGCAGAUGCCUGACAGUGCCGGCACGGCCACGGCCUACCUGUGUGGUGUGAAGGCCAACUAUGGAACCCUGGGUCUCAGUGCCUCAGCUCUCCGCUACAACUGCAACAGCACCUUCGGAAACGAGGUGGAAUCUGUCCUUCACCGCGCCAAGAUGGCAGGGAAGUCGGUGGGCAUCGUCUCCACCGCCCGUGUGCAACACGCCUCUCCUGGAGCCGCCUACUCCCACACAGCCAGCCGGGGCUGGUACGCCGACUCUGACAUGAACGCCGCAGACAUCGCAGCAGGAUGCCGUGACAUCGCCUACCAGCUGGUCCACAACACUGACAUCAAUGUCAUUCUUGGUGGAGGACGAAAAUAUAUGUUUUCCAAUGAGACACAGGACCCAGAGUACCCAUCGUACAAAGGAGUCCGUAACGACAAGUUUGACCUCACCGCAGUGUGGCUUAAUAACAAACAGAAUGCAAAGUAUGUGUGGAACAAAGAUGAAUUUGACAAAGUGAAUCCGGAAAAAACAGACUAUCUGAUGGGUCUGUUUGAGCCAAGUGACUGCCGCUAUGAGCUAGAGCGUGACCAUACCAUGGACCCUUCCCUCACUGAGAUGGUGGACAAAGCCAUCAAGAUCCUCCGCAGGAACCCCAAAGGCUUCUACCUCUUUGUGGAAGAUGAGGGGAGAAUUGAUCACGGUCACCAUGACAGCGGGGCCAAAUUUGCCCUGACGGAGGCGGUGGAGUUUGACAAUGCCAUCGAGCGGGCGGCAGAACUGACCAGUGAGCUGGACACUCUGUCUGUGGUCACUGCUGACCACUCCCACGUCUUCUCCUUUGGAGGGCACUCCAACAGAGGGAACCCCGUCUUAGGUCUGUCCCGUAACUUGGCUGACGAUAAAAAGAGCUUUACCACCACACUCUAUGGAAAUGGACCAGGAUACAAGUUAGUCAAUGGAUCUCGUGCAGAUGUGAACACAACGGAAGCAGAUCACAAAGAUUACAAGCAGCAGUCAGCUGUACCUCUGGACUCCGAGACCCACGGCUCAGAGGACGUGGCCAUCUUUGCCAAGGGCCCCAUGGCCCACCUCUUCCACGGGGUCCAGGAGCAGAGCUACAUUGCCCACGUCAUGGCCUACGCAGCCUGCAUUGAGCCCUACACAGAAUGCUUCAUCCCAGACCUAGAGCCAGAGCCUGGCCACACAGGAGCCACCAACCCCAGCCUCAUAGUGCUGCUGAUGGGCCUCAUACCUGCCCUCCUCUCCCUCUGAUGGGCCUCAUACCUACCCUCGUCUCUCUCUUCACUGUCUGAUGGGCCUCAUACCUGCCCUCCUCUCCCUCUGAUGGGCCUCAUACCUGUCCUCCUCUACCUCUUCUCUGUCUGAUGAGCCUCAUACCUGCCCUCCUCUCCCUCUGAUGGGCCUCAUACCUGUCCUCCUCUACCUCUUCUCUGUCUGAUGAGCCUCAUACCUGCCCUCCUCUCCCUCUGAUGGGCCUCAUACCUGUCCUCCUCUACCUCUUCUCUGUCUGAUGAGCCUCAUACCUGCCCUCCUCUCCCUCUGAUGGGCCUCAUACCUACCCUCCUCUUCUCUGUCUGAUGGGCCUCAUACCUGCCCUCCUCUGUCUGAUGGACCUCAUACCUGCCCUCCUCUCCAUUAUAUCUGUCUGAUUAGGAAACAUGUAGAGAACCAGCUAUGAUUAAUCUACUGAGAUUUAUCAGAUAUUCCACCACACAGACAUUUUACAUUUGAGUCAUUUAGCAGAUACUCCUACAGUAGUGAGUGCAUCCAUUUUUGUACUGGGGAGUCACACCCACAACCCUGGCGUUGCAAGCACCAUGCCAACUGAGCUGCGGUCUACCAACUGACCUACACGGGACCAAUAGCUACACCCGGAUAGCUCUUCUGUCCUGCAAUAUUGAUAUACCUUAUUUGUUGGCAUUGCUAAUGUUCAAUCAAGACAUGGGUAAUCAUGUUCAACCCAUGUUUGUUUGUUAUUAAGGUAUGGAUAAUAAUGUUUGCUAUUGAGGUAUGGGUAGUUAUGUUUGUUAUUUAGGAAAGGGGUAUGGAUAGUAAUGUUUAUUUAGGAAAGGGGUAUGGAUAGUAAUGUUUAUUUAGGAAAGGGGUAUGGAUAGUAAUGUUUAUUUAGGAAAGGGGUAUGGAUAGUAAUGUUUAUUUAGGAAAGGGGUAUGGAUAGUAAUGGCGUUGUGUAAACUGAGCUGAUCUACAGUAUAACCACCAUUGACACUCCAUAAAUAUCCAAAUGUA